CAGAUUUCGAGACGAUGGACACACUUGCCUGCUUCGAGGAUGAGAUCGUGCAAACUCUGCCUGUCAAGAGCCUCGAGAUCGACUGCGCUUCAUCGGCGUCAACGGAUGGAACGUCGGGCCCGUCCACGCCGGUGUCCGUGCCCGACACGGCUGUCUGCGACGUGUGCAUGGACGACGUCGACUGCACGAACCUCGUCGCCCGUCUCUGUCGCGACGACUGCCCAGCGCGCCUGUGUCCCACGUGCAUUGCGGGCUUCUUGGACGUCCGAGCGCGCGACGCGAUCUUUGGCGUUUUGACCAAGCUGCCGUGUCCCGUGUGUGUCACGCCCAUGAACACCGUCCGCUUCCAGCUGCAACUUGACCCGCUCUUCGUCGAUGCGAGUCCUUCUGCGCCGGACGAGACACUGAUCGAAUCCGAAGUUGAGGCCCGCGAAUCCGGAAGCGACGCAGCCGCCAGCUGGAUCGCCGCGAAGCAAGCAGCGAAGGCGAGCAUCUUGGAGAGCCUUGCCAUGUACGACCGAAAGCUCGCAGGUGCUUGCACGAUGAAAUGUCCGUCGUGCCACUCGGAUCACAGCCAGUUGCCGGCGUCGUCAUCGGAUCCGUUGGAGCUGCCAGCAGCGCUCGAGUUGCACCUCCCGGCGCUCCUCGACGUCCAUCGUCGUUUCUGCCAGCACGAAGCCUCGGUCACGGAACUUGUCGCGUUUGUGGACGCCACCUUUAGCGGCGAGGAUACCACCGACGUCAAGCAGAAGCUGUUGCAGAGCACGGCGGACAAGGAGCGUCAGGGUGCGCUCUUCCUUCGCCUCGUGCAGCAAAAUCCGUUCAUUCAGACGCUCUGCUGCUCGGUCGACGUGUGCUUUGCGUGCCAAACUGCGGGCCACCACCACGGCAGCGAGUGCGUCGCGGGCGCCCUUGGCCGCGUUCACGACAUUGUCGCGUGUCCGAGCUGCGCGCUUCCGCUUGUCAAGGGCGACGGGUGCGACUCUGUCAACUGCUUUUGCGGCGCAGCGUUCAACUGGCCCAAGGCCGUGCUGGAUGCCAAGAUGCGCCAACUCACGACGCGCCACAAAGCUUCGAUUUCAGCGCUCGUGGUGGCCGUCCGUCGGUACCAGAUGCGAGCGCGUUUCCGCAAGCACUGCGGGAAAGCCGGGUGGCCUGGAUCGACGCGGCGCUGA